AUGGUCGAAGGGAUUGACACCUUGCAAUUCCUGUACUCGCGUUCGGGUAGGUCAUUUUCUGACGGCCCUUCUCCAAACGCAGCGGGUGGGUCUCGUUGUACUGCUCGACGAGACAAAAUACAUCAACAAUCAGCUGGGCACGAGGCUCCCAGCUGUCCCACGCCGGUAGAUGGCCACGACAGCGGACGAGGUGACUCGUCCGGACGCCAUUUACAUCGCGGUGGUUCAAAAUACGCUCCACUAGGAAGCGUUGACCACCGCUUGAGUCCACCAAAGGAUGUGGUAGCGGCGGGAACACCUGAUCCGGCUCGAGGGUCGGAUCAGCUUGAUGCUCCAGAGCUGAAUCGUGUAACGGAACAGUUGCAAGAUGACCUGGCUCACGAAUGGACUCGGCGUUAUGGGCCUGAGGAUCUUGUAAGGGAUAAUUUUAAUUCCCUAACGCACUAUCGUUCGGACGAUCGUGCCGCUUUUGUGCUUGCGCAACUUGAGAAAGAAUGUUCGACUCAUUCUCUUCGUGACGAGCUGGCUGUAGCUCGUCGAGACAUCGCUGAGCUGCGUGAACAGGUUGCUUCGCUAUCCGACUGGACUGGCUCAUUAAAACAGGACCACUUGAAGGUGGUCUCGGCUCUCGACCGCAGAAAUGUUCUCCGCAUCGCGAAACGGGCUCGUACUGAUAGUACGGGCGGAGACGACCGACGUAAAAUGUAG